AUGAAUCCGAGUGUGGUGACUUAUAGCACUUCGGGUGACGCCUGCGAUUUGGCUACAGAUAUCACGUGCAGUAACGGAGCAUGCGCGUCACACACAACACGGUGUCUUCAUGAACUAGAUGAAUAUGGCUUCUUCACCGGAUGUCGUGACGUCACACAUUUAAGAGCCUGUGGUAAUUUUGAGUGUCCAGAGUCAUACCUGAAGUGCCCCUCUUCUUACUGCAUCCCCCUCCGAUAUCGAUGCGACGGAAAAAUGGAUUGCCCCUCCGGAGAAGAUGAAGCCUUUUGCGGUCAAUGCCCCCAAGGCUGUGAGUGUGAUGCUCUAUCCUACUCCUGUCGCCCGGACCAGGUGGAUCUAAGGCUCCUUCCCCGCCAGCUCAGAAAAUUGAAUCUGGCGAGGAACAGUAUUCGCAGUCUUUUUCGAAGUACUUUUGAUGGUCUCCAUCGUAUGAAAACGCUAAACCUUUCAGGAAAUCCUCUCACAGUUGUCGAGGCGGGAGCAUUCGGGAAUCUUACCCUUCUUCAAGAAUUGGAUCUUCGUGGGACCGCCAUCACCGUUACAACAGACACGGGACGUGAUGUGUUCCACGGAUUGGGGAACCUACGGAAAAUACAUGCUGAUCGUUACGUCUUUUGUUGUCUCGCUGGAUUGGUGGAUUCGGUCGGAUGCAAUGCACCACGUGAUCAAUUCUCAUCAUGCGAAGAACUCAUGGCCAAUGGAGUUCUACGGAUUUUCAUCUGGAUUCUAGGAGGCAGUGCUUUCAUCGGAAACGGGUUCGUCUUCGCAUACAGGGUAUUCAACCAAAAGAAAGACAGAAAAACCAUUGUUCAGUCCAGUUUCAUCACGAAUUUGGCCGUUUCUGAUUUUAUGAUGGGUCUGUACAUGAUCACAAUUGCAUCUGCAGAUAUCUACUACAGAGGAAACUAUGCCUUGCAUGCUGAUGAAUGGCAGUCUAGCGCCCUCUGCAAGGUGGCGGGGAUGCUUUCGGUCAUAUCAAGUGAGGCUUCUGUCAUGUUUAUCAUGAUGAUCAGUGUUGACCGGUGUAUUCACAUCCUUCUCCCCUUCAAACAAGGACUCCAUCUUUCUCCCACGGCUGCUCGAUGUUCUCAGCUAAUCAUCUGGUGCAUCGGGACUCUGGUUAGCGUCCUACCUGUGGUAAUCCCAGCGUACAGCAAAGGUAACUUCUACGGACAGUCCGGGGUCUGUUUGGCCCUGCCUCUGACGGUUGAUCGUCCUGCAGGAUGGCAUUACUCAAUCUCCUUGUUCAUUGGAGCCAAUUUUGUAGCCUUCCUUGUGACUCUGCUCUGUUACCUGGCCAUGUACAUCCGCUAUCAACAGUCCAAACAGAUGCUUGCUCAGACAGGUAAAGGUUCCAGAGAUGACAAAAGACUGACUGAAGAUAUCAAGUUGGCUUGGAAGAUGUCACUGAUUGUCGGAACGGAUCUUAUUUGCUGGUUCCCGAUCAUCGUCAUGGGUCUCUUAUCAGCGGCAGGGGAACUUACUAUAUCGGCUCAGGUGUAUGCCUGGACUGCUGUUUUCGUCCUCCCUGUCAACUCGUCUCUCAACCCUUACCUCUAUACACUCUCUAGUUUGCAUGGGAAGAAACAGAAGGUCAAGAAAUCUGCCGAGUCAGCUACAGAAGAAAAUAAAACGAUGGAGAGCAGCUUUGGGGAUGGAGACGGCUGUUCUACGGCUGAAGCUACUAAUCGGCCCGUCCUGGUAGCGCAGCACCUUGAACACUGGUUAAAAAGUGUAUCUCGUGACUUGACCCGACAAGAACUUGAGGUCAUCCGACGAGACAUUAACCAAUCACAUGCUCUCUUGAGAAACGCUGGCAACACCGUGGAUGGAUGUUUAAAGAAUAUGUAG